AUAUACUAGUAGUAAAAGAGUGACAGCAGCACGAUGACAUGAAACAGUUUCGACUUUUAUGGAACCAUGAUGUUAGGCUUAAGGUACAGUCAACUUAUUUAGACGACUCGUUAUUCUGAGUAAACAUUUUCUGGUGCGAGAUUACAAAUGGUCGGGAACUCGGUUUAUGAAAAUCAGGAAAUACGAACUGUCCCAUGUAGGGUGUAAUUAUACUAGUAUUAACUACAUUUAAACCCAAGCUAAAACUACGCUUUAACUGAAUGGAUCGUUGAACAAGUCAGGUUUCAGUUAAAUGAUUAGCCAGUGGAGACCGAGUCAGGUCUGAUAGCUUGGUGUGCCUGUUCUACUUCAGUUGAAACACCGUCUGAACCGUCCAAUCAGCCUUGCCCUUUCUUAUGACGUCGCUAGAGGAGACCAUGCAUGAGAAUACCCUAAAGACCAACCAGACAGUAGAACCAAGAAAUGAUUGUUCUAGUAUUGCCGACUUGAGUAUACAAUCGAGUACACCUUUUCAACCUUACCAGAAACGAUUCAGUAUGUCCCUGGCCUGCCAAAGUACCGGCUGCUCCGAUAAAGUGAUAGACUCGGAUGUGCAAGGCAUUACUAAUAAAUGCGCGGUGUCCGAGAAUCAACCAGUCACGGGAGAGAGUAAAACAUAUCUAAGCAACAGCGUUUCUUCCGAUGCAGACAUAUCUUCUUUAGGUCUUCCUAGUGUCGAGAGUUCGUCGCAAUUGUCGAGCACCAGUAAUCUUCAGGACACACAGCGGAGCCGGAUGUCCGUCGAACUGUCUAGCGUCGCCCUUCCAGUUUCCGGCGGGGAGCGGAUAGGAAACCGGCCCGUAAGCUGUGACAGGAUGUCCGAACAGUCACCCACUCACAGUCCCGCGAUUUCGCCGAACGCAGACUGUAGUAGAAGUCCAGUCGGUCCUGAUAACUCCCCUGCAUCUGGUAGCAGCGUUCUGGAAGUGAAACGUGCUCGUGUAGAAACAAUUGUGUCCACCAUGAUGCAGUGUCCAAGCGGUCCUGUGAACGGGUGUAAGAAAAGAAAGUUAUACCAGCCUCAACAGCACGAAGUGAAUGAAGAUGAAGAACUGGAAGGAGAUAACGAGGAAGAUAAUGAAGAGUUUUCUGGACCACCGAUUAAACAACGUCGCGUAUUUCAAGAAGAUCUUAAAUCGGAUUUACGGAAAAUGCAGGAGCAACUUGCUUUAAUUGAGCAGCAGUACACAGAACUGUUUCAAGAGCACGUCUCACCCUCGCAGCCAAUGGUUCUGAAAACCGAGAAGAAACCACUCCAAUCUGGUCACUUUGGAGAACGGGACACCUCUCUGGUGGUGCUUACCGGCGUUAAUUCCAAAGUCACAGACAACAUUCAAUCAAGGAAAAUGAAGGAUACUAUAAGUGAAGCCAGACAACUUGCCGACCAUAAGGAUCAGGAAAUCCGUCAAUCUUGUAUUGUUAAACCAAAUGGUCAAACUAGCCAAACUUCAAUGACCACUGACCUGGACAAUCUGGUUGAUGCUCUAAAGUCUGAAAUCUCCAGGUCACUGACAAAUGUUAUCGACUCCAUUGUGACGAAGUAUAAACAAACCAGAGUAUACUCUAAGUCGCUGGAGGCGGAAACCCCUAAGGAUCUGACGCUACUAUCUCAAAUCCUUGAUCGAAAAUCUCCUCGUACAAAAGUGGUUGACCGUGGCAACAGAGUCACUAGUCAGAUGCCAAUUGGUCAAAAAGUUAGUCCCUUUUCUUGUGAUUCAAACACCAGAACUCAGGAUUUCUAUUCACAGGGGAUUAGACCCCCCACAUCGUUAUUCUGUCCAACCACCUCAUCUCAAGCAAUACACUUUGCUCCAGCAAGUAAUAUCCCUUACCUACCGGCAGGUACGGGAGUUACUACAAGCAGUUGUGUCACGGAGCAAACGGAAGCCAUAUCUCUGGUAGUAACGCCUAAAAAGAGACGCCACAAGGUUACUGAUGCACGUGUAACCUCUCGUCUUAUGAGUCACUCCACGAGUCAAGAAGAUUGUAGCCCUAAGCAUCCUUUCAUCACUAACACAACACAACCCUCCAUAUGUCUCCCGGUCUACCCUCACCAACCACCUCCUUUGGUCCCCGUGAGCUUACCAACGUCUGUGGCUAUCCCUAACCCCAGUCUCCAUCAUAAUGAAUUGUUUCCCUACUGCUAUGAGACUACCAGGCUAGCUUACUUCAGCCAAGAGGACAAGUCAUCGCUUGCUGGACGUGCCUAUUCCCACUACCCCGAUUCUCCAGUCGAGUCCACAGCCUUCUCCUACCUGAAGCAGGAUUUGGGAGAUGGAUCAGACGGUGGCGACAGCCAGAGCUGCGAGUCAAGUCUUGCAGUUACUAGUACUCUAACUCCAAUGCAUCUGAGGAAAGCCAAACUGAUGUUUUUCUACGUGAGGUACCCAAGUUCUACGGUUCUCAAGCUCUACUUUCAAGACAUUAAGUUCAACAAGAACAACACAGCACAGUUAACCAAAUGGUUCUCCAACUUCAG